ACGGCGGGGUGCCGGCGAGUGGCGUUUGUCGUCGAAGCUCGAACGACCGAACAAAAAUUGUCAAGAAAGGCAGAAAUUAGUCAAGACAAUCACCGCAACCCCCCAAACCCAGCAUCUCGGCUCUACGGUCCCAUCAGCGCCAACGUGAAGUCCCUUAGACCGAAAACCCAACGCACUUUCGCUGCUGCUUCCGUCAACCCACUCCGAUCCAGUUUUGUCACCAAGCUCUCGCCAUGUCGAAGAUCGAGGAGAUCACCAGCGAGGCGGCGUUCGAGAGUCACAUAUCGUCGUUGCCGUCGUUCACGCUCUUGAUCAUCUCAUUUUAUGCACCAUGGGCGGCGCCGUGUGCGCAAAUGGCGACCGUGCUUUCAACACUGGCCAGCGAAUACCCCGUCAUCACCCCGCCGUCGACCUCUUGGGUGAAGAUCAAUGCCGAGGAGUUGUCAGACAUUAGCGAGGCCUACAACGUGACAGCCGUCCCGUUUCUCGUCCUCGUCCAGAAUGGAGAUGUGCUCGAAACCGUCAGCGGGAGCAGUGCGGUCAAGGUGCGAGAGGCCAUUGAGAAACACGCGGGUAGUUAUAGGACAGCAGCCACGGCCACCAAUGGUCCCGCGGCGGCACCCGGGAACAACGAAGCCGAGGUUUCGACGGAGGAAGACCCAGAAAAGAAGAAACAAGAACUCUUUAGGCGCCUCGGUGAUCUAGUCAAGGCGGCGCCCGUGAUGCUCUUCAUGAAGGGGACACCGAGCGAGCCCAAGUGCGGCUUUUCGCGACAACUGGUGGGGAUUCUGCGCGACAACGCCGUCAAAUACGGCUUCUUUAAUAUCUUGGCCGACGAUGAGGUGCGGCAAGGGUUGAAAGAGUUUGCUGACUGGCCGACCUUCCCACAGCUGUGGGUGGAUGGCGAACUUGUCGGCGGGCUUGAUAUCGUCAAGGAGGAACUAGAGGGUAACGCCGACUUUCUGAAGCCGUACAGCGUCAAGGCGAACGGCGAUGCCACGGCCGUGGAGCCUUGAAGAAACAUUUUGGCCGAAAUGCCAGCCCACACACCCCGCGAGGUGGAUGAGAAGA